AAAGCACAUGCCAUCCGGUCCUGGUUUAUGGCCAGCUCUUUGGAUGGUCAACCCAACCAAUUGGCCCGCUGGUGGUGAAAUAGACAUCAUCGAGCAGGUCAACAACAAUCCAUAUAACACUGCCACCUUGCACACUUCGGCAAACUGCGCGAUAACCGGCGACUACAUCAGAAGCGGUCAAUCCGAUCUGUUCAGCGGUACACUCGAGACCCCCGAUUGUGACGUAAACAGCCCUUUGCAGUCCAAGAACGCAGGGUGCGGCAUCCGCGCCCCUGAAAACGACACCUACACGGUCGGUAACGAGAGCUGUGUACACUCCACCGCAGGCUCCGGCUUCAACGCCCAAGGCGGAGGUGUAUACGCCAUCCUCUGGACCUCAGCAGGCGUCAGCGUCUACUUCUUCCCUCGCGAGUACAUACCCUCCGACAUCAAAGCCAACAAGCCCGACCCCAGCACCUGGACCUCCAAGCCUCAAGCCGUGUUCUCUGGCAACGGCUGCAACUUUGACUCUCACCUCAAGGACAUGAAGCUCGUCAUCAACACUGAAUUGUGUGGUGAUUGGGCAGGCAAUACCUGGGAACAAGAUGGAGCUGCCGCUGAAACUGGAGUCAAGACUUGUGCUGAGUAUGUGCAAAACAACCCUCAGGCCUUCAAGACUGCUUAUUGGUUGAUCAACUCGAUCAGCAUCUUUUCGAAUGAGACUGUUGGUGCAAACUAAGCGGUUUCUUCGAAAGGUCUCCAAAGCAUUUCCACCUGUCUUAUCUCAUGCUCCUCAAACUGUCUAUCCUCAACAAUCCUACUUUUCGCCCCCUGAUGGUUCUUCUCGAAUGAUUACUCAUCGAUGAUUCCCUACGAACGCUUCUAUUACUCCUCCUCCUUCUCUUAUGAUAAGAUGCCGAUCAUCUUUUGUCUUUGAUUACAUUGUACGGCAUUUGCGACUGGAAGUCAUCACUGUUCUUUCCUCUGUAAGAAUUUAGCAUUGCAUUGCAUCGGGUAAUGGAGUUUUAGUUUACUUGCUCUUCUUUUCUUGGUCU